AUGGCCAAAGAAGAACUCCAACUCUUUGAAUCAACAACACCAUCAAUGGCUUUUUCUUCACCUCCUGAUCAUCCUCUUAGUACUGUAGGAAUCUUGAGGGAAGCAAUCAAAACACAAGCAAGAGAUACAAAACUCACUCUUCAUGUCAUGCUCCUCAUACUUUCUCCCUUAUCUCUCAUUUUCAUUCUUCAUUCUAUCUUUGCUAGGCCUCUUAUAGAGAUGAUUGAACAUGGUAGCGGGGAUCAUCAUACAUCUCUCUUCGUACUCGAAAUCGCCUUCUUUGUUGCCUUCUAUAUUGUUACUUUCUUUGGGAUGGUGAUUAGUAUUCAUAUCUACUCUCCAACAUACAAUAUUGGAAGAUCUACAAGUAGUAGUAGUCUAAGAGAUUUGAUUUCCUGGUUCUGUUUUUCAUGGAGGGGACCUUUCAUCACAUACUUGUACGUUACUUUCAUCGCAGCCAUUUCUUUUGUUGUCAUCAAACUGGUAAUUAAUGUGAUUACUGCUUCUAUGGUGGUGGCAAUUCUGGCUUCAAUGGGUUCUGUUUACUUAGCUUCAGUACUGAUGCUCGCGAUCGUGGUAUCGGUCAUUGAAGGUGGUGAUUGUAAGGGAGAAGAGGCAUUAAAAAGGGCUUGGAAGCUGAUGAGAGGGAGAGAGGUUCAAGGGUUUGAAGUAAUGUUGAUUUUGGUUUUGUUAUUUGUUCCAAUCUUUGUUGUGUUCAUUGUUGCAGGAAUAGAUGAUGACAUGAGUUUAGUCAAUCAGUCUUUUUGUGGGAUUGUUGCAGGGAUUCCUUUCUGCCUGGCAGAGUUGUAUAUUUUUGUGGUGAUGAUUGUGUUUUACUUUGAAUGUAAGAAGAAUCAUGGGGAGAGAUUAGAGUUGGAGGUGGAAGAUGGUUUUAGUUUACUUAGCUCCUCAUAG